AAGUCCAGGAUCCUUUGCCUCCUCCCCACUUCUGCAUUCCUCUCUUAACUCCUCUCUCGCUUGUUUACUCUAUCUUUGCAGCAAAAAUGGCCACAGCUGGUAAGGUCAUCAAGUGCAAGGCAGCAGUGGCCUGGGAGCCCAACAAGCCACUGGUGAUUGAAGAGAUUGAGGUAGCCCCACCCCAAGCCAAUGAGAUCCGCAUGAAGAUUGUGGCGACCGCAGUGUGCCAUACAGACCUAUACCACCUUUUGGAAAAUAUGUAUGAAGCCGGCUUCCCAACCGUGCUUGGCCAUGAGGCAGCCGGGAUCGUAGAAAGCAUCGGGCCUGGAGUCACUGAAUUUCAGCCAGGAGACAAGGUUAUCCCUGUGUUCUUCUCCCAGUGUGGAGAAUGUCGCUUCUGUAAGAGCCCAAGGACCAACCAGUGUGAGAAAGCAUGGUCCACUUCUGAUCCCCGUAUGAUGGCACCAACAGAAUCCAGGUUUACCUGUAAGGGCAAGAAGGUGCUGCAGUUUACAGGAACCAGCACCUUCUCUCAGUACACUGUGGUUAAAAAGUUCGCUGUGGCUAAGAUCGACCCUGCUGCCCCUCUUGACAAAGUCUGUCUCCUUGGGUGUGGUGUCUGCACUGGAUAUGGAGCAGCAGUCAAUACUGCAAAGGUGGAACCGGGCUCCACAUGUGCUGUGUUUGGAAUGGGAGCUGUGGGUUUGGCUGCAGUCAUGGGCUGCAAGGCUGCAGGAGCCAAGAAGAUCAUCGCUGUUGACAUCAAUCCAGAGAAGUUUGAGAAAGCCAAGGUGUUUGGCGCAACUGACUUUGUGAACCCCAAGGAUCACAAUAAACCCAUCAGCGAAGUGCUGUCUGAGAUGACCAAUGGAGGAGUGGACUUCUCCCUGGAAUGUGUCGGGAAUGUCGAAGUCAUGCGCAGUGCUUUGGAGUCUUGUGUGCCAGGUUGGGGUGUCGCUGUGAUUGUUGGCUGGACGGACAUGCAUGACGUUUCUGUUCGACCCGUUCAGCUCAUCUGUGGACGCACAUGGAAGGGCUCUAUAUUUGGAGGCUUUAAGGGUAAGAAUGGUGUGCCUCCGAUGGUCAAAGCCUACCUGGACAAGAAGUUGAAGUUGGAUGAGUUCAUCACUCACACCAUGCCUUUGGACCAGAUCAAUGAUGCCAUUGAAAUGAUGAAGCAUGGUAAAUGCAUCCGGGCAGUCCUGAAUGUUUCUCCACAGUAAGCCCACCGUGAUGCUGUCACUGAUCCCAAAGUAUUUCAGUAACUUACCACCAACAAUCAACUGGACAAUGACACACACUAUGUCUGUAAAUGUUCAUACUCAGUGCAUCUACAGUAUACCCUUAGGGGUCCGACGUUGUUGUCUGACCCUGUAGAGGCUUUGUCUCUGUAGUGACAGCCCUAUUCUCUGACUUUAGUUGCCAUAGUACCAAUCACAAUGGCGCCUGUCCUAAACACAAACAUACAGCAGCUCUGUAUCUCAAGGAGAAGAAAGCAAUGUCUCUCAUAACACCUCUAGAGGUAUGCUUGACCCUGUGUAACCGCAUGCUAGAACAGAAAAUUCCCCCACAAAUACACACAUUCACAGCAAAAAGUCAAAAAGUCCCACAGAGUGAGGGUUUAUAUAGCUCCACACUUUCCAGAGUCAAAUUAACACUUUCAAAAUAGUUAAACUUUUAACACUAUGCCAGAGUUACUUCUUUAACUCCCAAAACAGAGUAAAAGUAACACUAAGGGAUUAGACAAAUAACACUGAGUUACAUUUUUACUAUUUGGGAAGUGUUAAUUUCACUUCCAAAAGUGUCAAGGUAUCAACACUAAAAAAAUAAAAUGAAGUCGCAUGACUGAAGGUAUAAUAUACAUACUUUUAUCUGAAACAUUGUAUGAACUUUGAAUAUCAAAUCAUUUUUAUAAGAUUUUAACCUUAGAUAUUUUCAAUAUACACCUUUCCUCACUUUGUAAUACUCUGAAUGCAUGAUGAUGGUCAUCAAAAUUCUCUGUGAAUAGCUUGUUUGUAAAAAAAUAAACGCGUUUUUCAACUAAAAAUAUAUCACUUAUUUGACCCAUGAUCGGCAUUUCUUCUUCCAUUGCACUGCAGACAACAAGUCCAACUCUGUACUUUACACCAUCAGCUUUAACUUUUAACUCAAGUAGCUGAGAAAACACCUUUUCCCUGUGAUAGGCAAGUGCUAUCUAAUUCUAUCUGAUAGCAAGUGAUUUGGUUAUGGUUUUGACAUUUUUAAAAGAAUCUUUAAACACGUGUUUGGCUUCAAACCUCAUGGACCACAUAUGUAAUAAGGGGGAAAUUUUUCUGAUGGAAGAUGGGUAAUGGAUCAUCAAAUGAUGCUUCGGUAUCAAGUUUCUAUGUGGAUAUAAGUGGAGUCAGUCUUGUAAGUCUUUGUCUCUUGCAAGAGACCUUAUCCAUGAUUAUAGUUUAUGAACUUGAGCUGAAGCUUGAAUCAGACGUCUCAGAAGCAGAAGACAGGGACGACUCUGAAAAUUCUAAAGGAAUAAUAAAAAAAACAUUAAUGAUUUUAUUCUAUUGGCUGUAAAGAGCAUCAUUUU